AUGCAGAAACCCAAGGACACGGGAAAGGAGGAUGGAAAACCGCUCAAACCACAGGCGCAAAAGCCACAGGUGCCAAAGCCGCAGCUCCCUCGUAAAAGAAGAGAGCCAAAAACAGCGGCAAUAACAAUAACGUGCCCCCCCGGCCAAUAUAAAAGCGUUAUGCGCGAGGCACGAGAAAAAAUUGAUUUAGAAGAUCUCGGCAUCAAGGAGGGCGUCAAGAUCAGGAGGGCCAUAACGGGGGCCCUCAUGUAUGAAGUGACAGGUGGGAAAAGCCAAGAACUGGCAGACAACCUGGCAAGAAGGUUGAAAGUAGCCCUGGCAGAUAAGGAGGGAAUUAAAAUUUAA